CGUUGACAGGAACCCCUUUCCCUCUUCUCCUUCCCUUUCCUUCCCUUUUUCUUUGACCACUCUCCAAGCAACCUCAAGAUACCCUCCAUCUUCAUCUGCAUCCACGGCCGCCUUUUCUGGAUCAGCCAGUUCCAUUUUCUUUUUAAUAAUACCCUUUGCUGCUUCUUGUUGUGAUACCCAACCAAGUCUUUGAGAUACCCCUUUCACCUUUUUACAAUGGCUGCUGCUGUUCAGAACACCCCCGAGGUCAACAACCUCAACACCGAGGAGACGGCUCCCGCUCUCACCGCCGCCGUCGAGACCCCCAAGAUCGAGGAGACCCCCAUCCCCAGCACUCAGCCCACCGAGGAGAACAAGACUGCCGAGGAGCCCAAGGCGGAGGACAAGGUCGCCGACGAGACCAAGCCCGCUGAGGAGACCACCGACGCCAAGGCUGAGGAGAAGAAGGAGGAGGUCAAGCCCAUUGAGGAGGGUCAUCUCGGCCACAAGGCGCAGGGCGCCAGCUUCCCCAAGAACCUGAUCGGCAGCAAGGAGUUCUUCUUCUUCGGCACCGACGCUGUUGAGCCCAAGGCCCUGACCGGCUACCAGAAGAACGAGAAGUCCACCGCCACCUACCAGAGUAACGUUGCCUGGGCUUCGGAGACUGGCAAGGGUCUUCUCUUCAUUGGCGAGAAGUCUGCCCCUACCGGCAUCAUCAACCUGUCCGAUGCCACCGAGCCCGAGACCGAGGGCGCCAACAAGUUCACCCUGACCUCCAAGGGCAACAAGCACAGCUUCAAGGCCGCCAACGCCGCCGAGCGCGAUAACUGGGUCGCUCAGCUCAAGCUCAAGAUCGCAGAGGCCAAGGAGCUCGCCGCGACCGUCACCGAGUCUGCCACCUACAAGAGCACCCUCGAGAGCUUCACCCCCAAGAAGGAGGAGAAGGUCGCCGACAAGCCCGCUGAGGAGACCCCUGCCGUCGCUGCUGACGCUGCUGCCCCUACCACUGAGGAGGCCAAGACCGAGGAGGCUGUGAAGGAGCCCGAGGCUGCCAAGGGCGAGGAGACCGUCGAGAAGCCUGAGGAGACCAAGCCCCAGGCCAAGAAGCGCUCUUCUUUCUUCGGCUUCCUUGACAAGAAGGACAAGCCCGUUGAGAAGAAGGAGGAGACUCCCGUCGCUGCUGACGAGCCUGCUGUCGCCGCCGACAAGCCCGCUGAGGAGCCGAAGGCUGAGGCCCCUAUUGCCACUGAGCCUGAGGCCGAGGCCGCCAAGACCUCCGAGGAGAAGCCCGCUGAGAGCCCCAAGGAGAAGGCCACCAAGCGCAACAGCUUCUUCGGUGGCAUCCUGUCCAAGAAGGAGAAGAAGGUUGCCGAGCCCAAGCCUGCCACCGAGGCCACUGAGCCCGCCAAGGAUGGCGAGACUGCCACCACUCCCGCCGCUGAGACUGCUCCCGUCAUCCCCCCCGUCGAGGCCACCACUCCCCUCGCUGUUGACGUGAACAACAAGGAGACCACUGCCGCCUCUCCUGCUGAGGAGACUGCCGAGAGCCCCGCCGCCGCCACCGAGGCCAAGAAGGACACCAAGGAGAAGCGCAAGUCUUCCCUCCCCUUCCUCGGCAAGCGUGAGAAGUCCCCUGCCCCCGCUGAGGGCGAGACCAAGUCUUCCACCAGCGCUUUCUCCAAGCUCCGUGCCACCAUCAAGGGCAAGAGCGGUGCUGCCAAGACUGAGGACAAGCCCGCCGAGGAGGCCAAGAAGGACGAGGAGGCCGUCGCUGAGACCAAGGCCGAGGACGACAAAGCCCCCGUCGUCCCCGAGCCCGCCACCGUCGAGCCCGUCAAGGAUGAGGCUGCCGAGCCCGCCGAGACCGAGACCAAGCCUGAGAACGUGGCCACCACCACCCCUGCCGUCACUGCUGCUGCUUAGGAAGCGCGUCGGACAUGACAGCGUUCUCACGACUUGAAAGACAACAUGACGCCAACAGUUCACCACAAGGGGCACCAUUACCGAAAAGAAGAAGUCGCAAUACCAGAAAACUCAACAAAAACCAACCACAAAAAAACAGAAGUACAUGCAUGAAAGGGUCGGAUGGAAGGAUGGUUUCUGCAUUUCCUCACAUGAUACCAAGAUACCCUGUCUUUGAGACUGCUUUCAACACUGAUACCACAUUUCAUAGCUGCUUUUUUGCGUCCAUGGUCCACGGACCAUUGGGGGGUUUCACGGCGGGAGCGGGAUUGUCGGUCGGCGUACCGGCCACGACCCGUUCCUUUCCAGCCCUCUCGUGCUUUCACUGCAUUAUUCCAAUUACUGUCUGAUACCCGGUGGAGGGAGAGAAGAGAUACUUAGUAAUGCCUAAUAAUACAACUGUUGCGUCUAUCUUCGUCUGUGCAUCGAACGUUUUGACUGUCACUA